AUUAGGUGUUGUACGGUCAUCAAGGCAAAAUUUUCGACUAGGAGUAAAUGGUGUCCUCCAUUACCAAGAAGUUCCCCAGGAAAACUUCAGGAUUUACGUAGUGUUUUCGCUUAUGGUGGGAUUAUACUGCUGCAGUAGGUCAUAUUGACAUUUCCUUUCCUUGUUGUGUUGUGCUUGCCCGUCGACAAAAUGUCGCAGGACCAGGCGGAGCGGAAAGGAACCCAGGUUGUUCAUGUCCGUGAGGAUAGUGGGAGCGAACUUGACGCACUAUUCAAUGCCGUCAUGAACCCCAAAUCUGGACAAAGUGCGCAGAUUCCUCUCCGUAUGAGAAACCUGCCAGCUUCUUUUUGGAAACCCCCGGACCAGCCCCAGAGGCCGGUUCAGCAUAUGAAGCAGGGCAGUAAUGACUCUACAGGGGGUUACCCCGGUCACCCGUCGGUCGGGCAGUCUCAGGGCAAUCUUCAAAUAGCUCACAUGAGGGCUCACUCGUCCCCGGCCAGUUUACAACAGACACUUUCAACAGUCCCCCAGGGCCCUCCCCAACCCCCGCCACACCACGCCCGACAGCAUUCGUGUGACGCCCUCCUUGACAACGAGCCCCUCCCCCCGGGAUGGGAAAUGGCGAAGAUGCCCGACGGUCAACGAUAUUAUCUAAAGCAAAAUCCACCUCCAGACAUUUUCAACAAAGCCUCAUCACCUAAUAGCAAUCAUCUCACACAAACAACAACCUGGCAAGAUCCCCGCAAAGCUGUCAGCACAACCACCCUCAACAGUCAACAAAGCCCACCCUCCUCGCAGCAGUCUCCCAAUGUCUCCAUGCAGAACCUAAACCUUGACGCCCUGCCCCAGGGCUGGGAACAAGCAAGCACUCCCGAAGGAGACAUAUACUACAUUAAUCACCAUGAACGCACCACGAGUUGGUACGAUCCUAGAAUACCUGAACGGAUGCGUCAGCAAGCUAGAAUAAACUCAGUAGGUCCCGGACCGGGUCAGCGACAGAUGGGACAGCAGUUGGCUCCACCCCCUCAGCAUCCGCAACAGAAUGGGGGUGGCACACAACGUUCACAGCAGGCCAACCUGCAGUUCUCCAAACUACAGAUGGAGAAAGAACGGCUGCGCAAGAGACAGGAAGAAAUCGCCCGACAGGAGAUGCUCCUGCGGGCACAAAUGCAAGCACAACAGCAACUACAGCAGCAGCAGCAACAACAACAGGAUGCGAUUCCUGUGUCACAAAGUAUUAACAUAUCUCAAGCCAACGAAAUGACAUCAGUCACAGACCCGUUCCUGGGGCAAACAAACUCAUCGGAUCACUCGCGGCAAGAAAGUACAGACAGUGGAGUUGAAGGUGGAAUGGGGACAGGGACCAACUAUAGCAUGCCUAGAACGCCUGAAGAUUUCCUGAGCAACGUAGACGAAAUGGACACACAAGAAGGAGGACACAGACAGGGAGAUUUCAAUAACAUGGACAUUGGAGGUAACAUUGGAGAAAGUGGUGAGCCAAGCAACAUGGAUAGUGAAGACUUGGUACCUAGUUUACAGGAAGAUAUUAGUAAUGAACUCUUAAAUGAUAUGGAGAAUGUGUUAAAUUCGAACAAGCUUGAAGACAAUCUACUGACCUGGUUGUGAGAAAUAAAGAGGUCAAAGUUCAUUACAUUGGAAACCAUCACAGGGUCGGCAGGGGGGCAGAGCCAUAUCCUGCCAAUCAUUGUUGCAUGGGGUGGACCCAUUUCCUGUAGAAUCAUGAGUGCAGGAGUCGAGCCCUGUCAAUCAUGAUUUAGAGUAGAUGGGACUUCCCUCUGCCAAUCUUCUUGUUUUAUAUCGCUAUUCCAUGUUGCCAGUUGAAGUUAUUUCUGGUGAAAGUGUUCACUGGGGGUAAUUGAUGGAAUCAUUGUUAAUAAUGUUUUUCUUUUUUUUUUUCGAUAUGAAUUAUUUUUCCAAUAGACUUUUUUUAUAGAAUAUCAGGGAAAAAUAUGAAAACGAUUUAAAAAAAAAUAUAUUUUGUAUUCAAGUGUAUGAUAGAGUAUUUCACUCAUGUAUGAUUGUAACAGUGAAUUCUUGUUAUCACACACACAUUCAUGGCUACCCAAAUGUGUGGUUGGUCGUAAAAUAUUUUACUGAGGUUUUGAAAUCUUGUAUUUUUUGCCGCCCCUAUAAAAAGCAUUGUAUUUAAAUCAUAUGCCAGUGUUAUUUUCGUAUUAUACGUGGUUCAAGCGGUGCUCUGAAGUACAAGUUAUGUAUAUUUGUUUCGUGUUUAGAGAUUUUUCGAGCAUUUGCUGCAGUGUACUCUUGUGUAAUUUGGCCAAUCUCUUCCAGAGAUUUAGUUGUGUUGCAUAUAUGCUAGGAGGUAUGCUGUAUAACAACAGUAUCACCAAGUUUGGACAAAGAUUACUUAGCUUAUCUUAAAAUACUCCAUUCAUUAAAUUGUUUUUUAAGCAGAAAGACUAUCAUUUCAUAUUUAUUUCGCAAAUUAAAAAUACUUUGAAAGGAGAGAAGACUUUCAUUUCAUAUUUAUUUCGAAAAUAAAAAUACUUUGAAAGUCUUUAAUUUUAAUCACCCUCCAUACAAUAUACUAUCAAUAACAGAUCUGUAGAAAUGAUGAUAAUAUUAUAUAAGACCCUGUUGUAAUCUAAACUUGGUGAUACUGUUGUUGAAUAUAAGAAAUACAGUUCUUUACAAGUGAGAAACAUCUGUUCCUCGUGACUCUUGUUAUACUAACGUACUGCUGAUUUUAAACAUAUUUUCAUAAUAUCGAAUAUAUAUUUAAUUUAAUGCCUUGAAAUUACUUUACAUCAAGAAUAUUAAAUUACAAUAUACAUUUCAGACUUUUUAUAAACUUUCUCAAUUGUUGUAUACUUUUUUUUGAGAAGGAAUGUUGUAUUUCUAUCUUUAGAAUUUCUAUAAAUUUGGGGCAGGUUCCCCAAGUAAUGAGGAUGAACUUGAAAAGGGAGAUACAUGUAUUCUCAAAUCACUUAAAACCCUAUGUUGUCAUUUCUUGAUAUUUAAUUGUAAAAUUUGAAUCUGUAAAAAUUCUGUAUUUCAAUCUAGAAAUUAUGGUGUAUUCUGUCCUAAACUUAUAUGCAGGGCUUUUAUGUUUUUUGUGUCGACAGUCCUUCACACCGCGAGGGAUAAAGAAGUUUCUUUUUCUAUUGACCAACAAUCAGCAGCCAUUUGGACUGAAGUUUGUUCGUGAAUCUAUUUCUUAUGCUGCUAUAGAAAUCAAAAGUUUUUUUAGCAGUUUUGGCUGGUAUGAAUGUUGUCAUUCACUGUUUGCUGGUGUUACUUUUAGACAAAUUAGCACAGUCCAGCUUUUCAUGUUAGAUGUCCGAAUUUGUCCAGCUUUCUGUAUUAGGUGUCUGACUAUGCAAAAAUGUGUUGGUUAUUUAUUGGAAAAAAAUGGGGUUUUAGAAUUUUUUUUCUCUUUGUUGAAUAAUUGUUGAUUUUUUUUUUAUAUUCAAAUUGCAAUAUUUGUAUACAACAAAAAAAGAAGAAAUAGAGUUUGAUAUGCCAGUGUGUAUAUAUACAGUUAAUCCAAUGUAACCGCUAGGGCCCUUUACCUCUAUACAAUUUAUCACUAAUGUUGUUGAUGAUGAUGAUGAUGAUGAUGAUGAUAACAAUUUUAUUAAUUAUAUAGUAGAAAUUUGAGAUUUUAUCCCAAUGUUUUUUGACAAUAAGCAUGAAUGACAUGUAGAGUUAGAAGUUAACAGAUGGUAUAUUACAGUUUUAAAUAUCUUUAAAUAUUAACCUAAGAAUUUUAUUCAUUUCGGACAAAGUUUUAUAUAUUAACGUCCCCUUAGUGUUGAAGGGAAUAUAGUUAUUGUGUAUAGUUAAAUUAUAGGGACUUGAUGAUAGUUUUCUUAUAUUUUCUUCUUUCCUUUUUGGAAAAAGAUGGAAAAAAAUAUUCUUUCAAAAUCAAAAAGUAACUAAAAAAAGUGAUAUUGAAGUCAUAGGAGGUAUGCUGAAGAGUAUAGGAAUUUUCAGUUCUUGUUUCACUCAAAUUCACUGUUAUUGAUAAUAGUUUGUGCAACAUGCUGAUUCUGCUUUUUUAGGGUAUCCAUUGUGAAAUCUGAUUCCUACCUGGUGGUCACAACUAAGUCACAAUAGAUUUUUACGACAAUAAACAAAAUCCAGUCUUUAAUUUUCCAAAGGUUGUUAUCGAGAUGAUAGAUAUGUACUUUUCUGCUAUUUUUGUUACGGUUGUAAGAAGAACAAUGCAUUUAUCCUUCAAGAUUGUCAAUAUGACUUUCUGAGUGAAUCUGAGGACAUUAACGGUUUUGUUGUGACCACCUUGUAUGGACGAUACAAGCCAGGCCAAAUUUGUGAUAUAAGAGUUGUCUCCCCUUCAGAGUGCUACCCACAUGCUGUCGUAGUGACGACUAAGUACGUGAUUUCUUUGUUGUGGUGGUAUUGUAGUCUUUUGAUACGCAGAGAGCACCUGCAUGAUAAAUUUGUUUCUGAAUGCUGACGGUGCACACAACCAUUUCAAGUGCAUUCAAGAAAGUGCCAUACCCCGUUAUGAUAUUAUUGUACAUCAGGAGCUACUAGCCAUUCAAACUUGUGUCUGCAAGCUUAAUGAUAGCUCCCUCAUGUCAAACCGUCCAACCAGACUGGGUAUUCAUAGAUUUAUAUUUUGUGUAUUUCGGGGCAUUCAGAAAUAAAUAUUAUUCAGCAUUUUUAUAUUUUUAUCAAUAUUUUUUUUUUUAAUACCAUACCCUCAAGAAUUGUCCUCGGACAAUUGUUGUCGGUUCCUGUUAAAAGUUAAAUGCAAACUGUCUGCAUUAACUUUUCAUUACAUGAUGCGUUGAAACAAUAUAGUACGUAUUGUUUCUUAUCGUGUUGUAUUACAAUGAUUCCAAAGUUCACGACUGUUGAAAUGUUUUAAGAAGAUUUUAUUUUGGUACACUGUGGAGACUUUUGAUACACGUGCUUUGGAAGCACAUAUUUUUUAUGAGAAAGGCAGUCCGGGAUAGGCUUAAGAGAGUAUACAUUCCAAAUGUCCAUGUUAUUUUGAUGACCCCCUUUCUCUCAGAACAAAUUCCCCAGGAUUAAUCCUGAGAAAUGUCAUGCUGGAGAAAGCGAAAACAAUGAAUCUGGUAGUAAAUUGAUGAAGUGAAUAAUGCCCACAAAAGUCUUUGUUGAGCAUGACUACCACAGACGGAAAAAGUCUGAGAAAAAAAGGCUAAAACACAACAAUGUUUAUUUAACAGGUGUUUUUGACUGCCAAGGGAAUGAAGAUAAUUACGUUUCGUUAAUACAAAUCCUUUCAUCACAAAAACUGGUUCAGUCCUUCCCUUCAAUGAUCUGACUCCAUUGUAACUGGAGGUGGCCACUGAAUUGAAGGACGUGAAAGGAUUCAACACUUCUCACCCAAUUUGGAUUUAUAUAAUCCUAAGAUUUGUACAAAUGUACGUUAAGAAUUAUUUCCGAGAGGGAAAUUUAAUCCUCUCUUGGGGUAGUAGGGGUUGAUUUAGUUGUGUUUCUCGUGAUUAUUAGAAUGGACAGUUAUCUUUCUAAUUAGAAAAUUAAUGUUGAGAGAUGUUAAAGAUUUCUAUGAACUGAUGUCACAUUUCCCGUAUGUUCUUAUGUUUUUUAUUAAGUGCUAUGAUUUAUACCGUAGUUUAAUUAAUACAUGUUUGAAUGUGUUUGUGCAUAAAAGGUUUAAGAAAAUCAAAAAGUUUUUACACUACAACAAGAUGACAUAAACUUUGGUGAUAUUUCAUAUUAUUAAAUUGCCAUCAAGUUGGUGUUAAUUGCAAAUCGGAGGUUUGUAAAAUUUUAACACAAGUCGCAAUAUACCACAGUGUCUUGUGUGGUAAAUUUUAUUUCUAAACCUGGCGAUUAAAAUAGAAUUUUAUGCACAAUCUUAUUCUACACAUAACCCUGUAGUCGUUUUAACCCCCAUACAUAUUUUUGUCAAAUAGUUUUGACCCCGUUGAUUCCCACCCUGCCCCCCUUUUUUUUUCAUUUUCAUGUACACGCCUCUUUCCUCAUGUAGUACCCUAUCCCCAUGGUUACCGUCCUCGAUAUUGACAUCAAUGGAGGCAAAGAAAUUGUAGGAAACUAAGGAAAACCACACAAAUGCAUGUCAGCUGGGCUGACACAGCCUGCUGGAAAAAUGAUUCAAAACCAAUGAAUUCUAGGAAAAUCUAAAUGUUAUACAAAAAGUUUGGCAGGUUUUCCUUCUCCACACUGUCAACAAUACUUGCUUUCUGUCACAAGCAGAUAAUACAUUCCAAAAUUUUGUAUUUUAUAGCAGGAUUUCUUCAUGUUGCACCUGUAAUUAGUCGAUCUUGUAAAUAGCUUCGAAUAAUUUUCACUUUAUUUUCCUACAAUUUUUCAUUUGCAUUUUAAACUCCAUUUGAAAUCACCUCAUCCCCCAUAGUACAGGUUUAUGAUAUUUUCUUCCCAUUUUUAUCAGUUGUCCAUCAGUGAAAAUGACAUUUAAGUACAUAUAUAAAGAUUAUAUAUCUUUUGUCUAUAAAAACAUUGACUUUUCUAUAGAGGUCAAUAUUAAAACUCUGUUAGCACUGAAAUGUAAAUACGAUCUCAACCAAGUUUCACCUAUCAUAGAAUUUACAUUAUAUUCAGUGGUGAGACGUUUGUUCAUUAUAUUUGUAUCCCAGUUAUGGGUAAAAAAGAAAAUUAAAGAGAAAAAAAUGUAAAUAAAAAUGAGCAAAAAGAA